AGUCUGAUCUAGACAUCGUUUUCCUUCGGCAGCAAAUCCCUUUUGUUUCUCUUUCUCAGUACGCGAAUUUUCAUUCCAGUUUCAUUAUGUCCCAAUAAAAAGUGAUAAAGUUCCACACAGAAGAAACAAAACGUUUUUGCAAAUUAUCUGAAGUGAAAAGACCACCAAAUCAAAUCAAAAAAGAAAAUUAACAAAGUUACAUCAAUUCUAAAAUAAAUUAUACUCACACACAGCGAUACAAAAUAAAGUGAAGCCAUCACCGAACGAAAAAACUUUUACAAAUUACUUGAAAACUGCUGAGAAAUACUCUUAUAUAAACAGAAAAAAAAUAUAUAUAUAACAGUAGCAUCAAAAUAAAAGAAAUUUCUUUUGUGUGUGCAAUGAGAUAAAAAUAAAUUGAAUAAAUUUUGUGCGAGAAAGAAGACAAAAAAAAACAAAGGAAUUACUUUAUUUGAAAGAAUUAGUUGCAAAUUGAAUCGGGCAAAAAGAAAAAAAAAUUUCAUUCGCAUUUUGUUUCUGUACCUCAGCCAACAAGAGACAAAAGCUGACAUUCCAUUCCACAUUUUAAAUGAAACAGUGGAAAAGCAUUUUGAAAACUGUACGAAAGCGGUGGCAGUUCAACGGCAAUAGGCAAAUGUUCGUGUGUUUCGAGCUGUUCGAGCGAGAGUGAAUUGGACACCGAACGAAGGCGCGCUUUUUUCCCUUCGAUAUCUAUCAUCUGUGUACGUGUAUUACAAAGAGCUGUGUGCGUGCCUAAGACUUUGUGCGUAUCCCAAUAGUUUAGCCAUUGUAUUAUUGUCAGCUGAGCUGACAAAUGUAUCAGAAUAGGACGAUCCGAAGUUCAGCAGAGAGAAUAGAAACGGCACACGACGUACGGAAGCUCGAACAAAAGCGAACCGAGAACAUUGCACUGACGCUCGAGUAAUACAAGACCGACAGAGCAAAAGCGGUGACGUUCAAUAAGACCCAUUGGAAAUACCCAUUGGAAAUAACAUCAUAUUUAUAUUGCGCGCAAACAAAGAGCGGGCUGAAGAAAGGAAACCCCAGAACGCAUAUAAACAAGGGGCAUACACAGACAACACAACGUGAACGAGAACAAAUAGACAAACAGCGAAGAAUACACAGGCCACAGAGCACUAACAAGUACACAUACAAGACGAACACGGAGGGGGCGAAAUUUUUAGCGACGAAAGAAACAGCGGAAAAGGACAGGAUGACGAUGUGGAUACGACAGAGUGGAUGGUGGAACAAUUUUUAAUAUGUUUUGGCUUAUCUCUCGGCACGCUUUCGCAUCGACAGUCAGCAGUGGCCGUACACAAGCGUCAGUUAUGGAAUGUUCAGUGUGUAUGCGCAUUCCAGAACAAAUGUAACGAAUGAACACAUACAGCGUGCACACACACUCAACGGAUCCGAAACCAUCGUUUCAUAAACAUCAAGCAAUUAUCUAUUUGAUAUCAGAAGCUUGAGCGGCAACAGCGCUCAUAAACUGAGCAUAAGCACAAGAAAAAAGAAGCAGAAGCAGAAGCAAAAGAAGAGGCACGAAGACGAAAACGAAUUAAGAAGAAUAAACGAAAAGUGCUCGACUUUGUGGAACGCAAACACAACACUCUAACACAAAAGCUCAACGGAAAAACGCGCCCUCUCUAUCUCCCUGUGCGUGUCGACUAUUUGGCUGUCAUUGACGCUAUCAUUCUGUGUACUUCGCUCGUACUCGCAUACUCUCUCUCUCUCUCUGUUCAAGUCAUUUGUUUUUCUAAUUCAUAUUUUGUGAAGUCGACGGUUGGCAGCGAUAACAAAACCAUAUAAUAAACGACUACACAAUACAUAGGAAAACAGCAGCAGCCAGCAGCAGCAUCUUCGCCACACUUAUACGACUUGGACGGAAAGGAACAGAAGCCGUAAAAAUCUAGCACCGAGAGCAACGGUUCCAUGACAUUUCAAAAAGUUUACCAUCCAUCGACAUAGUUUAUAUGUUUUGGCACUCUCGAUUGCUUUGUGCUCCGUUGGAAUGUCAUAAGUAUUUGGUGAAUUUCUCCUCGAGCAAAGGAAUAACACAUUGACGAUACACACUCAACAUCCGAUUGGAAACAAGACGAGAAGAAAAUUGAAGUGAACGAAACGGAACGAAGAGCAUUCAAUCGAUUAUUCAAAUCGCUUCAAGUUUUGUUCGCUGUAUGCGGAAAUCCAACGUAAAAUCAAAUGUAAAUUUCUCAAAUGCAACCGGCAUUGAUAAGUCGUUAAAGCAAAUACACUGCAUUCGCAAUUUCCCGUUGCCGCAAGCUAUCCAUGGAUAGAUAGCUUCGAACAUAAGAACAUAAAAUCCAAAUAUAACUAAAUCGCAAAAAUCGAAUUGAAGCAGACAACAAAUACGGAAUACGGAGAAAAAAAGGCGAAAGAGGAACAGAGCAACGUUUAAAGAGAAAAGCAUACAGACACAUCUCGAGGCUGAGCGAUCCACUUCAAUAAACAUAAAAUUGUGUUAUAUUGCAUCAAAUCGGAUGAAUAUAGCUGGAAGUGAAGCUGAAACAGCAACAUCAAACAUACCACAUAAAAAUGCAUUCAAAUACAGCGAACCGGCAGCGAUAAGAGCGAUUCCAGAAAAGAGAUUGAUUGUGCAAACAAAAAUGUGUCAGGACGAAUGUCAAUCACAUAAAUUACAUUAAAUUGUGUUGUGGUAUCGCGCGACGGAACGCGAAAGUGUGAGUGUGCGCAAGCGAGCGAGCGAGCGAACGAACGAACGUGCGAGCAAAAGUGAGAGAGACUGACACAGCCCGAGAGCGUACUUGACAAUAUUUUUGUGUUAAUGUUUCUGCGUGUGCGAUAGCAAGUGCGGAAGAAAGUCGAACUCAAUUGAGUUGAUUUAAUGUGUUUGGUUUUGGAUGCUGGUUUCUGCCAUUUCUGCAUCACAUUUUAACAAUACCGGAUGCAAUCGCAAUUUAUAUCCGAGCUGAAUGAAAAUUUGAAAAACAUCGCCUCCCCCGAUCUAUUAUAAUAAUAUCAACAAAACUCACGUACGCGCGCGCUCAACUCCAAACAUAAUCGCAACGUGCCCACAACGCCACACACAAAAUAUACACAAAAACAAAUCAGUGCAAAGAGGAGAAUAACAACGACAGGAAAUUCAAUUCAAUCAAGCAGCAUUUCAAUAAAUUGUACCAAUUUCCAUUUUUGAACGGAACCGAGAAUUUCCGUGAACACCGCCGUCAAACUUUAAUUGCAACACAGAAAAGUUUACCAUUCCAGUUUAAUCCAAGGCAGAACGAACAACGACGAACAUCGUGAGACGACUUAAACUUUCUUUUUUUUUCUUCUACACUCAUCGUUCUGCAUCUCGUACAACAAUUAAACUGGUGCAAACUACUCCAUCACCAUAAAAUCGAUUUGCUACCACAUCAAGUGAACCUACGCAGAUUAAUAACAAGAAAAAAAAUAAUUAUUAAUAAAAGAAAAAUUACAUACAAAAGUUAACAACAUAUACCUUACUAAGUAAAACUUAAAUUUAAACUUAACGAAAAGAAUAAAAAACGUUUGAAACUUUUACUCCACAUUACUAAUAAUAAUUAAACAUAAAAUUUAACAAAAAGUUUAUAAGCUAAGAAGAUAAACCAACAUCAUUUGAACGAGAUUUUUUUUAAAAACAAAACUAACUAAACCAAAAUAAUACUUAUUUAAAUAGACGAAUUUGCAUUGCAUUGAUUUAGUAGUGAUUAAAUCUAUUUAAAAGAAGAAAAAAACAAAGUCAACAAAAGAUAUAACCGAGACAAAGAGGAGAGUUUAUUUUUUAGAUUUUGUCAAAUUUAGACAAGAGAAAGGGAGAGAUCGAAAGAGGAAAUUUUUUUGAAUCGAAACCGAUUACACUUAACACAAGCAGCCAUUUAUAGCAUAAAUAUAGCGAAAUCCAUAUAUUUUAGUCAGUGUAAGGAAAACGUUGCGCUUAAUCUACUCACACACACACAUAAAUUGAUCAAAGUAAUAAAUUGAAAAUCCAACUAUAUUCAAUCAUCAUUACAACGUAGUGUUUGUUUAUAAUAUAUAUUCUACAAAUCAAAUACCAAUUUAAAUCAAUCUACAAUCCGGUUCGAUGUGAAUGUGUGACAACUAUAGUCAAAAUCAAUCAUUGUUUAAAUUCAAUCAAUGAAUAAAUAAACACAAACAAUUAUCAAACAGCCAAGCAAAUGGAAUAAACAGUAGAAAAUAAUUAUCGCUCCGAACACCAAUUCAACACACUUUGGAAUUGUGGAUAUCGAAUACAAAAGCCCAAUAUUUGUUCAAAUUAUUAAAUACUUACAUUGAAAACAGAACAAAAAGAAAAAUAUAAUAUAUAUACACACAUACAGAUAUAUUUAUGUUAUUUUGUGUCUGUGUUGAAGGAAAAAACACAUAAAAAAUAAUAAUUUACAAACGUGCUAACACCAAAGUGAAAAAGGAUAGAAUAUUUAUAUAUUAUAUCAUACAUACACAUCCACACAAUUCGUGAAUGGUACAUUUAAUCUAAAUAGUGUGGUAAAUGAAAUUAACUAUUUUUAUUAGAUAAAAAGCUAUUAAAUGUUUAUUACAAAGUUAGCCUUUAAAACAUAAGGUGACGUGGACGAAAGAAAAAGCGUCAUUACCGCGGGCAAAGUGCGCCAUAAAGCCAUUGUGACGGAAAUGAUUUGAAAAUUCAGCAUGACGGCAACGCACCAGAGGAAUUAAUGUUUAACAGUUUUCACAUUUGAAUUAGUGACUUGAUAUAUAAAGUAUUUACACAAGUUAAACACGGUAAAUUUACGGUGCAAACGAGCGUAAAAAGUAUUUUCUCUCGUCUGACAUACAUCCAUAGUAUUUUGUGGAACGGUGUUGAAAAGACAGUGUGAAUAUCAUCUGUGUAUGUGUGUUUGUGUGACAAAGAAAAACCGAAACAGCGAGCAAAAGAGUGUGUAAAAGAGCAAUAUGGCGUUGGCAAAUAUUUUAUUGCAUUUCGUCAUUUUCCUGCACAUUAAAUUAGCCGUCAUGCAAAAACCGACGACGGGAAAUGACAAUAAUCCGACCGAGUUUAAUAUUGGCGGUGUGCUGAGUAAUAGCGAAAGCGAAGACCACUUUCGUGAUACGAUUGCGCAUCUUAACUUUGAUCUAACAUAUGUGCCGCGGGGAUACACUUACUAUGACAAAAAGAUUCGCAUCGACCGAAAUCCAAUUCGAACGGCACUGAAUGUGUGCAAGCAGCUCAUCUCGCAGAAGGUCUAUGCCGUGGUCGUUUCACACGAAGAAACGGGUGAACUAUCACCAGCCGCUGUUAGUUACACAUCAGGAUUCUAUCAAAUACCCGUUAUAGGCAUAUCAUCUCGUGACGCAGCAUUCUCUGAUAAGAAUAUUCAUGUAUCCUUUCUUCGAACCGUACCGCCGUACUAUCAUCAGGCCGAUGUGUGGCUUGAAAUGCUCGACCAUUUUGGCUGGAAUAAGGUCAUUAUAAUACACAGUUCGGAUACGGAUGGUCGUGCCAUUUUGGGUCGGUUUCAGACGACCUCACAGACCUACUAUGAUGACAUUGAAGUGCGUGCAACAGUCGAAUCCAUUGUUGAAUUUGAACCGAAAUUGGACAGUUUUACGGAACAAUUGAUGGAAAUGAAAGCGGCUCAAUCUCGUGUCUAUCUUCUUUAUGCGAGCAAAGAGGAUUCCUACACGAUAUUCCGUGAUGCGGCCGCUUUAAAUAUGACAGAAUCCGGAUACGUGUGGAUUGUGACCGAGCAAGCGUUAAAUGCAAACAACACCCCAGAUGGAGUGAUUGGGCUUCAACUUGUGCAUGCCAAAAGUGAAAAGAAUCACAUACGGGAUAGUGUCUACGUUCUGGCGGCUGCGAUUAAAGAAAUGAUGAUUAACGAAACAAUAACCGUGGCACCGAAGGACUGCGACGAUUCGGGCACAAUUUGGGAGACAGGUCGUCGCAUAUUUCAUUACGUCAAAACGCGCAACAUUCGCGGAGAAACCGGUCAGGUGGCAUUCGACGAUAAUGGUGAUCGAAUGUUCGCUGAAUAUGAAGUGAUAAAUGUGAGAGAGCAUCAGCGUAAAAAAAUCGUUGGAAAGCUACUGUACGAUGCGGAGAAGCAAAAAAUGCACCUUAUGAUGCGCGAUAACGAAAUUUUGUGGCCAGGCAAAGAGGCGAAAAAGCCUGAAGGCAUAAUAAUACCACGUCAUUUGAAAGUGCUUACGUUGGAGGAGAAACCGUUCGUGUAUGUGCGUCAAUUGAAUGCUGACGAUGCAUCGCAUGUGUCGACAAAAUGUGAAGAGGAUGAAAUCCCAUGUCCAUUGUUCAAUGCAACCAAUGGUGCUGCAAAUGAUUACUGCUGUCGUGGCUAUUGCAUUGAUUUACUACGAGCACUUGCCAACCGCAUCAAUUUCACAUACGAUCUAGCACUGUCGCCAGACGGCCAGUUUGGCCAUUAUGUUUUGAAGAAUGUGACAUCGUCAAAAGGAUCGAGCGUGAAAAAAGUGUGGACGGGAUUGAUUGGUGAAGUAGUUGGCGAACGGGCCGAUAUGAUUGUGGCACCGCUCACAAUAAAUCCCGAACGCGCCGAAUUCAUUGAAUUUUCCAAACCAUUUAAAUACCAAGGAAUCACCAUUUUGGAGAAGAAACCCUCGCGAUCAAGUACACUCGUAUCGUUCUUGCAGCCGUUCAGCAAUACAUUAUGGAUUUUGGUCAUGGUAUCAGUCCAUGUUGUAGCGUUAGUGCUUUACUUACUAGAUAGAUUUUCACCAUUCGGUAGAUUUAAGCUAACGACUAACGAUAACACCGAAGAAGAUGCGCUGAAUUUGAGUUCGGCUAUUUGGUUUGCGUGGGGAGUUCUAUUGAACAGCGGCAUAGGUGAAGGUACUCCGCGAAGCUUCUCUGCUCGAGUGCUCGGUAUGGUUUGGGCGGGUUUUGCGAUGAUCAUCGUUGCCUCGUACACUGCCAACUUGGCUGCUUUCCUCGUGUUGGAGCGACCGAAGACGAAAUUGAGCGGCAUUAAUGAUGCUCGCUUGCGUAACACAAUGGAAAAUCUAACGUGUGCCACGGUUAAGGGUUCAGCGGUCGAUAUGUACUUUAAGCGACAAGUCGAACUAUCGAACAUGUACCGUACAAUGGAAGCAAAUAAUUACGAGACAGCCGAACAAGCCAUCCAAGAUGUUAAAUCAAACAAACUAAUGGCAUUUAUAUGGGACUCUUCGCGUUUGGAGUAUGAAGCAGCCAAAGAUUGCGAAUUAGUAACAGCUGGUGAGCUAUUUGGUCGUAGUGGCUACGGGAUUGGUUUACAGAAGGGCUCACCGUGGACGGAUGCGGUUACGUUAGCUAUUCUGGAUUUUCAUGAGAGUGGGUUUAUGGAGUCCCUCGACAAAGAAUGGAUCUUGCAUGGGAAUAUACAAAAUUGUGAGCAAUUUGAGAAAACACCGAACACCCUUGGUUUGAAAAACAUGGCGGGCGUAUUCAUUUUAGUCGGAGCUGGUAUAGUGGGAGGCAUCUGCUUAAUUAUCAUUGAAGUAGUCUAUAAAAAGCAUCAAAUUAAAAAGCAAAAACGAAUCGAACUGGCAAGGCAUGCGGCCGAUAAAUGGAGAGGAACGAUUGAGAAACGGAAAACGCUACGAGCAUCAUUGGCAAUGCAACGGCAGUACAAUGUUGGCAUGAAUGUUGGUUUGGGCACAUCGAAUCCGGGCACGAUUAGCUUAGCUGUUGAUAAUCAUCGAUAUCCACGGAUAGUACAGCCACGCGGACCGGAACGAGCCUGGCCAGGUGAAACAGAUGCGGUUUUACGUAAUCGCCGAUUCGAAAAUGAUAGCAAUAAAGGCUUUCGAAAACCACCGCCGCCUCGCUACACUUCCGCAUACACAACCGAUGUUUCACAUCUCAUUGUUUAAACGCAAUGCAGACAACUAUUAACAUUACAAUUAGGUCAACGUUUUACAUUUUAAGGAAUCUAUUGUGAGCAUAUUGAAAUACCGGCAGCCUGGAAAUGAAUUUUCCAUUUCUUUUCAAAAAACACACCGAGAGAGGGAGUAAGUGAGUAAACGAUCACCCGGGAAUUUAUUUACGAUAUGUAUAGAACAGAAGACAGUGACACAUAUUCCAGCAACCAAAGGCCACACAUUUUGAAUAAAUAGUAAUUACUCGUACAUUUGCCUAUUUCCAACGAUUUACAACAACAACAAUAGUAGUAUUUUUAGAAUCGUACAAACAAAAUAUUAUAUAGUCAUUAUUCAUUGUUGUCAGGAUCAAUUGAAUCAUAUUUUCUUUGUUAGAAGUGUCAAGUGAGAGAUGCUAGGCAGUUUUUUUUUACAAGAAGCAGAAUAAAUAGCAAGAUAUUUUUUCUUCAAACGUGAAAAUUAUCACUCGCUUGUGUGGAACAUAAGAGGAUAAAAUCCACAGUGACUAAACACCGAAUGAAAAUCCGCAAAAUCCACUCAGAUCCCCUUUGAUGUUCGUGAGAAAUCAGCACAUGAUUUCAAAUAUUACAAAGUACCCACUUCGAACAGAAUCACAUCGGCUGUAAAACAUACACACAUGAACGAACGAACGAAUGAAUGAGGCAAAUUACUGGGAAAAACCCCAUACAAAAUUAAUGGAAGCGACAAGGGAAAAUGCCAUGGAAUUAACAUUUCGUUGUGUCAUUGCCGCUUUGCUUGAUUUAAACGGUGAAAACCAUCUGCUUAUUGAUGUACUUUAAAUACGUUUAAGUUGCCUUUACCGUGUAUGUGAUUGCAUUCAACUCCGAAGAAAAAAAAACCUUUUAAUCAAAAAGGAGCGCUGAAUUAGUAAGGACGGUCACAAUUUUGUACACAGUCGUCAUAGGCAACUAUUAAAACACGGUUCUAGGCGCAUUUCAUCUACUUUAUAUUUCAUGGUGAUUGCGGCAUAGCAUGGCAUGGUGGCAAAAACAAUGUCUCCCGAUUUUAAUUCUAAAGUGCUUACAUUUUGGAGGGUUCAUAGCCAAAAAGUGGAUGUAUAUAUGUGUGUGUGCGACAUUUAGAAAGCGAUGCGACCCAAUUGAAACUUUGUGUACAAACCAACCAAUCUCAGAUAGAUAUAUUUGUAUAAUGCAUAUUCAAAGUUCCGCUUUUUAAUCCAAACUGAUUUGUGUUGAGCUGGUGCUAAAUUGAAAUUGAAAAUGAACAUGAAUAAAUAAUUAAUGAGGCGCGAGCGAGCGGGGGAAAGCGCGCGAGCGUGAGAAAGGGAAAGAUAAAUACUUGAAAUUGACAGAAACCACAUUUUCAAAUUAGCUCGACUUGAAAACGGAAUGGACUAAAGAGUUAACAGAUCCAGUUGCUGAUUUAGCCACUUCUUUUUGUUUUGUUACUCGUCCCCCGAAAACCCAACAGAGAUUUCCAUGAAUAAUAAAUUCGUGCUGUGGAUUUGCUUGCAUUCAUAAUAGAAAACCGCGUGCUUUCAAAACAACACACAGCCAACAAUUGUUUCCAUUAUUACUCCUUCCAAGUUCAUUUUCUUCAUUCUCCCAGCCAACCAUUUUUAUUCCACAUGAUAGAAUUCAAUUUUCCUUAGAAAACAACGAGAAAAAAAUAAAUAAUAAUACGUGUUUAGUCUCUCACCCAAAUUAGUCGUGAUUUGCACGCCAAAUUUUCAUAUUCAAUGCGCUUAUUUUGAAUUAGACGAAAAAUUAAAAAUGAACAGAUUAUAUAGAACAUUUAAGCAAUCAGAACAACUCUUUUUAGAUGCAUUUAGCAACGAUAUUAUUAGCGUAUAAUUUAUUCGAUAAAAACUAACAAAAAAGAAAAAGAAAAAAAAGCAACCGAAACACAAUAUUUAAGAUGGAUGUGCCAUCAUUGUGGGCUGCACAUUAGGGUGUUUUCGGUAUUGAAUAAACAGAAAACGGUAGUUUUAGUUUGAUAGAGCAGAGAAUUUGGAAUCGAUUUCAUAUAUUUUUGUUCGGAAUCAGUCCAAGAUGCCACUUCCCACAAGCAAAACAAAUGUUCGUCGAAUUUUGAGGUUAUAUCACUAUUCGCUGAAACUAAUCUGAUAUUUUCCACUUUUUUCGAUUUAAUCUCACUUCCAAAGAUGAAUUCUCAAUGCAAACAUUUAUUUUUACGUGAUUUUCAUUGAAAUAAAUGGCCAAAUAGUCGAAAAUUCACACAAGUUCUAUUGCCUCUUUGACCGGUUCUUCAAUCAUAGAAAAAACAUCGACAAACUCAUUUUUUUUCACAGAAAUUCAUUCAAUAUGUUUGAAAUAGACGAUAAAUUAUCUAAAUUCACUGAAAAAUCCAAUCGAACAAAACCAGGAAGGCCAAAUUGCAGCAAAACCAAAACGUAAACAAAAACGAGCUGUCAUUAUGAAAUUCGGGCUUAGUUUGAUGUUUGACAAGACCAAAAUACAUCUGCGCGAAUCACUGUGUGCGAAUUGACUGUGAUUCAUUCGCACAAGUGCAUUGGAAGCCCUUCAAAAUGUCAAAGAAGCCCAGAUUUCAUGAUAACAGCUCGUUUUUGUUUACGUUUUGGUUUUGCUGCAAUUUGGCCUCCCUGGUUUUGUUCGAUUGGAUAUUUUAGUGGAUUUAGAUAGUUUAUCGUCUAUUUCAAACCCAUUGAAUGAAUUUCUGUGAAAAAAAUGAGUUUGUCGGUGUUUUUUCUAUGAUUGAGGAACCGGUCAAAGAGGCAAUAGAAUGUUUGUAAAUUUUCGACUAUUUGGCCACUUUUUCCAAUGAAAAUUACGUGAAAAUAAAUGUUUGCAUUGAGAAUUCAUCUCUGGCAGUGAGAUUGAAUCGAAAAAUAUCAGAUUAGUUUCAGCGAAUAGUGAUAUAACCUCAAAAUUCGACGAACAUUUGUUUUGCUUAUGGGAAGUGGCAUCUUGGACUGAUUCCGAACAUUCUGCUCUAUCAAACUAAAACUACCAUUUUCUGUUUAUUUAAUACCGAAAACACCCUACUGCACAUUGAUGACAGAAAAAUGCCAUAAACCUUAAUAUUGUGACAGUUGAACGUUUCAUGUAAUAUUGGCCUAAACUAAAUACUCUCGCUCUAUUGUACUCUCAAACAUAGAGCGCAUAGAGUAUACCGCUAGAUGGGGUUUAGUUGUACGUUCUCCCAUUCAUUCUCUAUUUCUCCAAGCUCCAUUUAUCUUAAUUAAAUGUUUUAGAAACAAUUUUCUUUUCAAACACUUCAUACUGCCUAUCUACUGUUAAAUCUCUUGUGAAGAUGUUCAAAUGAACGGAUAUAAACCCCAACAUCAUCACUACCACCACCACCACUACCCUAGCUAUGCAAAGCAAAACAAAAACACCACCCUGAUAUAACCAUCGUGUCGUCAUGUUGACGAUGACAAUGACGACAAAGAUAUUAUGCAAAGCACCUUUUUUCUGCAUACCCGUUCCAUAUGGUAUCCCCAAUCCCACACGACAGUUUUGAUAUUAUUGCACGGUGUAUAGUCAGGGAAAAGUCAGGGUAUUUUAAUUAUCAAAUUUCUAGAUAACAGAAGAAGAAAACAAUUUUUUUGCCAAAAGCUUCAAUGCUUCAAAACAUACAAUUGCAUAAUAAAUCCAGGGGAUAAGAAUCGCACACUCAGUUCGCAGUGCAACUCAUUUUAAUUAGAGCCACAGCGCUCUGUGCGAUAUUCUACUCAUCUAAAAGAAUCAUGUGCGCCUCACUCACUCACCAGUCUUCCGCUUCUUCUUCUUUUUCUUCUUUUCGCUAUAGCAGAUACGAACAAAACCAAGAAGAAGAAGAAGCAGAACAUAGUGUGGUGUGCGGUGUGCGGUGUGCGUAUAACGUACUGUGCGUAAAAAAACUCAUUUUCGUGAGACGAGCAGCGCACACGAAUUUAUCGUCUUUCAUUCAAGUGAGUGUGUGCGUUACUUGCAGCGUCUACUCAGUGCGAUUCUUAAGCUCUGAAUAAAUCCAAUAAGACAACUCCAUUGAACAGUUCAGUCCAAUCGCAUUUACAGGCUUAGCAAGAAGAAUGAAAAAAAAAACACUUAACCGAAACACAAAUUUAAAAAGAAGAAAACCUGCUAGAAUUUGCUGAAAUAAUAAUUAUAAACAUUUGUUAAACAUUUUAUGUGAGAUGCGUGGAAUGCAUUUGUUUUUGAUGUAAAAUAAAAUAAUAUUUUUUGAGAUUAUGUAAAUAGUAAAUAUUGUAUAGAGAAGAAAGCAUAAAUGUUGAGGAAGAGUGGGGGCAUGCUGAGCGCGCAUUGUUCGCUUGCCUUUUUGGGGCGAUGUGAGUAUGAAACGAAUGUCUAACCGAAAUACAGUGAACAAGCAAUAGACAGCUCUAAAUUGAACAAAGUCAAAACAUACACCAAAACAAAAAUCUCUAAAGCCAAUCGUGAAUUUACACGUCAAUAAAGAAAAAUGAAAUGAAUUGAAAGUGAAUAUUAUUAACACACAAAUAAACAUGUUAGAUUUUGGAUAAUUUUUAAUGUGUGUUUUAUAAUAGGACUAGCGAAAAAAGAGAUGCUUUUUUUCGCUACCCUUAAAUAUGUAUUUGUUGUUUAUUUGUUAAGAUAAAACAAAAAUCUGUAUGUAUGAUUUUUGAUGAGAAUAGAAAUCAUCAAAUGCUAAAUCGUGCUGUGUUUCAAUGGAAUAUUUAUUUAAAUGACCGAAUAUUUUCGUCUGGUUUUGUUUUGUUCUCAAUUCAUUUCAUUUUGAAGAAGAAGAAGAAUUACAUUUAAAGACGAAUGAAAAGGGUGAGCUAAUGGUGCUAAUGCCUGCUGACACCUUCAAAUGAGAAAGGAAAGAGAGAUUUUCAAGAGAGAAUGAACGUUUUGGGUUCAAAGUCAUUUGACCACAAGUUGAAUAUUGAUUUUGGAUGUGAUUUAAAUCUAUUGUUUAA